AUGCCAAUUACAAGAGAGAGAGGAGUCCAACACCCAACCACCCUCCCUUUUAUUGCAAUGCCAUCACAAGAAGAAGCACUACUCAAGUCCAUGAGGACAAUGAAGAAGAAGAAAGAGAGUAUGAGGAACAACUUGAAUGAUGAAGAUGAAGAGCAGAGCAUCGACAUCAAUGCUUCCCAAAACAGAGCAUGGAUACACCAAGCCCUAGAGACCCUCGUUUCUCACCAAGAAGUCAAGCUUCUACACUUCCAAGACUUGGAAGCAAUGCAAAGACCAUCACCACCUACUGAAGAAGAAGAUACUUGGCAGUAUGAUCCCAUUGAUCCCAACAAGAUAAGCCCCAUGAAGCUUAAAGAGUUCAAUGCUAAGGUGAAAUCACUUCCAUUCUAUGUCACUUUUGAAGAAGCUUGGGAUAAACAUGGUCUAGUGGAGUUCUUUUUCACAACUAGUGAAAACAAAGAAGAGAUACACAACUUUCAGGAAGGCUCGAUUUCCCAUUGCCCCUCAUGGAGUCAAUCAACCACCAUCACCACCAUCAUCACCACCAGUGGUAUGUCAAUUCCAUAUCAAGAGAGAAGCUUGCUGAGUUCAAUCAGUUUGUCCAAAGUAGGUAAAAUAGAGGUAUAUCAGACUCUAAACCAGUUCAAUGCCCCUGCAUCAACUUUGGAUGGAGCUAGAAAAAGAUCUACUCAAUGGAUUUCAUCAAGACCAGUUCCCUGCGUGCUCUGA